CGGCUUCAGAUGCGCCCGGGACUCUCGAUAAGCAGCUCAGAUCUCAUCCCUUGACGUGGCCCUUAUUAAUGCAUCCCACUGACCAACGCAUGCACUUGCCUCGCCCGAUCUAGUGGCCCAUUUCCCACUUCAUCUCUACCUCGUCUCGCCUUGUCAUUCAUCUUCCCUCUCUUCUCUCUACACCUCUCACUCGAAUCCAGUUGCCGCUAUACCUCUCGUUGGUUGCAGGCCCUCAGCUUGCCAGCCCUUACGCCCUGAUCUUCCCCUAAUCUCGCCACAAGCGAAUGUCGACUUGCCAACUCAAAAUGGCCCAACAUUUCCAUAUCGCUCACCUUUCUAGUCACAAACCCAAGGAGUCCAGUAGUCCUUCGACCAUUCUUCAACUCGCUACCCGGCUGCUCCCUGCCCCUGCCGGACCCAAAGAGUUGGAGGAUGGUCGAAACCCGAAAGAACCUGCUGCUGUUGUGAGUCGAGAAUAUUGGGACACUUCCAGAGAUGGAAACCCGAGUGAAAAGAAAGUCAUCGUCGUCGGUGCCGGCAUCGCCGGUCUUCGUGCAGCUUCCGUCUUGCGAGCCCAUGGUGUCCAAGUCGUGGUUCUCGAAGCCCGGCCUGAUCGCAUCGGCGGACGUAUUUACACGAGUAGGAGACCGGGCCAAGCCCCACGAGACAUUGGCGCCGCCUGGAUGCACGAAACCGCAAACAACAAGCUCGUCCGCCUGAUUGGCCAGCUCAAGAUUGAGCACUACUAUGACGACGGCACUCCCUUGUAUUUUACCAAAGACGGUCGUCUUGGUUCUCAGUUCAAAGCCAAAAAGGUCGCCGACGAGUUCGCCGAUUACUGUGAAUGGUACUACGAAGAGAACCCCGACGCCGAUGACAAACCUGCUUUGACCUUUAUCAAAGAAUGGUUGAGCACUCACCCCCUCGUCACCGAAGAUGAACGUCUCUGGGCACCGCAAGCCGCACGUGAGGUCGAAGCCUGGAUCGGGACCAGUCUCGAACAAGCUUCCUCCAAGUACCUGGCCUAUUUUGCCACUGAACGAAAUCUUUAUAUGAAGGGUGGCUACGAUAGUAUCGUGGAGUGGGCUGCCUCAACUCUUCGUGAUGCGGGUGUCACUCGUCUGGGCCACGAAGUGACCAACAUUGAGUGGAAUGACGAUCACAAACCAUGUGUCGUCCAUACCACUACCGAAGACGGCCAAGACCCGGUCUUCACUGCUGAUGCGGUUGUCUGCACUCUCCCUCUGGGAGUUUUGAAACAUCAGCUUGUCGAGUUCAGCCCGGCUCUCCCCAAACAAUUGUCUUUGGGCAUUGAGAAGCUUGGCUAUGGUGCUCUCGGCAAGAUCUUCGUCGAGUUCGAAUCCGUUUUCUGGCCAAAAGACCACGACCAGUUCAUCUAUUACCCGGAACCAACCGACGAACCGAUUGACGAGAACUCAAUUCUCUCCUACAUGACCGUCACCAGUAACAACUGGAUCAUGAAUGACGCCAAAGAAUUAUCUGUUCAGAUUGUCGAACCUUUAACUCAACGCAUUGAGGCCAUGACGUCUCACGAGGAGAUAUACGCAUUUUUCGAACCGCUUUUCAAACUGUUCCGUACCGAACCCUACAAAAAGCUUCCGCGAGUUGUGAAUCUGGAAACGACACACUGGACGCAGGAUCGCUUUGCUGGAUUCGGUACCUACACCGCCGACAAGACAGGCAAUGAACCUGGCAUUUGGAUGGAAGCGAUGGAGAACAACAAGGGGAGCAAGCUGCAGUUUGCCGGAGAACACUGCACGCUGACUGGAAAUGGAUGUGUGCAUGGUGCUUUUGCCACCGGUGAAACUGCUGCCAUCAACCUUUUGGGUGUCAUGGGGGUUCCCUACAAUGGAGGAGACCUCUACAGCAGACGUCCAUCCAGGAGGACACCACCCAGACAUUAGACGGUGGACCGUGAGGUCGACUUGCGGAUUUUCGCCGCCUUACUGGGGAGGUAAUCUUCCAUGCUGGUUGACGACAGUCGCAAGUGCUGGACUGAAAUAUGUCGGCACUGUGCCUUCCUUGCCCCACGCGAAUUAACAAAUUGCCGGUCGUUCAUUUUCAACCUCGAACAACAUUCAUUUGACAUCAGAUUGCAAAUUGCUGCACGUGUAUGCUGGUUUUCCAGACGGCCUUGUCGAGACUAUCAACAUUUCUGUUUCUGUGACUCCGAGGCCAAUGUUCUGAAGUUUUUCCAAUGCUCUUUUGCGAGCUUUGCCAUAGUUACCUGAUAGUAUAAGUAUUCAAUCAGCUGCUUUUUACUGG